UUAAAAUAUUACCAGGACCAAGAUUUUUUUUCAAAAUAUAUUAAUUAUUAAAGAUCAGAAUUUUUAGUGAAAUAAACAGCAGAUAAAUCAUCAAAAUAUAUAAUAAAAAGCAAUGAGGACAAAUUGUUGCGAGUGUGUUCUUUCCAAAAUAUUCUAGUUUGUUAUUUGAAUUUCAUAAAACAUAAUGGUCCCCAUCAGUUGAAAAAUACCGAUUUCCAAACGAAUUCAACACUUUUGUUACAUUCUGAGGUAAACGAUAGUUGUAUUAACAUUAUUACCAAUGCGUUUAUUUAAGUUUUUUAUACUUAAGUUCCAUUCAAAUAAUUUUCAAAAUUACUACAAAAAACCAAAAGAAAUAGUUAUGAUGGAAAAACAAUAAUAUUCUCACUUUUUACACAAAACCUGCUGUUUCAAAAAAAUUAUUACUUGUUUGUUGUAAUUCAAAAAUAAAUUUAAGAUUUAAUUUAUAUCAGACAAAUAUAUAUUAGCAGUUUCCAGGCAUGAUACAAUUUUAAACAUAUUUUAGAUCUUUUUAAGCUAUUUAUAGAUAUUUGAAAUUGCACAUUUUUUUAGUUUUUCUUUUGUAUUGUUUGUUUGCUUUAAAACAUUGAGCUCCGUUAAAAAACUUAAAAACUGUAUACAAACAUUCUCAUUAGUAGUACUUAUAAAAAUAUAUAAAAACAAUUUUUUUUAAGCGUUAAAAGUUGAAUAAUUUUGUGAUUAAAAAUCCAUAGAAUUUUUAAUUUUUAUAGCUAAAACUUGAAAAUGUUAUGAUAUAUAUUUAUUUAUUCUAAGUUGUUUUUGCAGCGUUCUAAAAAUAUCGAAAUCUCAUCUUAAUGGCCAGUGGGUUUUUUAGAUUGUCAUUCUCAAAAAAAUUCUGCCAGACAAAAUUUUACUAAGCCCUCUAUGAGGUUUAUAACCCUUUACUACGUUUAUUUUUGUCUAAGAUUGCGGGCAACAAUAUUAUGCGAAGUGGAAAGAUAAUUAUUUAAUUGUACUUUUUAGCUCAUAUUAUUUUGAUGGUUUAUUUUUAACUUUUUCAUGCAUAAAUAUUAUUUGAUGAUUUUCUAGUGCAUUAAAGUCCUUGCUCUAUAAUAUGUAUUAUUGAUUAUUGUGAAAUAAUAUUAAUAUUAUAACCAUUGAGUUAAGUUAAUUAUAUAUAGGUACAACAUAUGCCCAAGGUAUAACAUGCAAUAUUACAUUGAUUGGCGGUAGAUUUUUUUUAUGGAUAAUAUUUAACGAUAAGUACAUGUCCACUACUUUAUUACUUCGCAAAUGAUCGUGGUUAAGAAAAAAAAAAGAAGACGCACCAACAUUUUUUUCAACCCGAUUAUGUUGCCAUGUUGGUAUGCGACUCUUUUACCGGAAUGUUUGUUCCGCCGUACCAGGGUAACUGAUUGAACAUGUCUACGAUGACCGGACAUGCCCACGAGUGGUAUCCAGCUCGGUUCGACGACGGUCAUACGCACGCCGUCGCGGUUGCAGAACGGACGCUUCUAGACUCAUACCGAACAGCAUUCAUCGCACACUGACUACUCGCAACCAUGUUGGCUGUCUACGCGCUGUCCGCUGUCUGUUGGUCACUGUCCGUCGUCACUGUCAUCUGCUUCGAAUCCACCGCCACGGACGACAUCACCGGACAUCCGCGGGAAAUUCCUUUAAAUGUCAUAAUGGAAUUGAACCAAGUGACAAAUGUUUCAGAACUGUUUACUAAAUUCAUGCCAGACACAAAUAUGAAAGAUGCUCAAAAACUUUUCGCCACCACAGGUUUCCAAAAUCGUAAUUCACCUGACUCAGAAAUAAAAGCAACGCUGAUACCUAAAGCGGCAAGCUGUUCUGCUGAACUUCAAACGAUCAGCCUGAAAGGUACUGACGAUCAAAGUUUAUAUUACUAUCCAAUGUGCACCCGAGUGAACCGAUGCGGAGGUUGUUGUGGCCACGAUUUAUUGGCAUGUCGACCGACCGAAAUCGAAACCCUCAACUUCGAAGUCAUUGCUUUACAAUAUAAUGGACCGAGUAGAUUAGAAUUUAAAGGUCGAAAAUCGGUGUCAGUAGACCAACAUUUGAAGUGCAAGUGUGAUUGUGUUAUUGAAAAAGAAAAUUGUGCACCUUCGCAAGUUUAUAAUCCCGACGAAUGUCGUUGUAAAUGUACCAAUGAAGAAGAUCGCUAUAAGUGUAAUGAUGAAUACGGGUUAAAACGGUGGAAUUCAACAAGUUGCUCGUGCCAAUGAGUGCAUACCUAACUCAGGAAUGUAUAUCAUGAUUUGACAGUUACACUUGCAGGUGUAAUGUUCAUUGUAGAUAAACACAAAUGAUUUUAUUAUACAUAGUGUGAAUUUAACAAAACUACAUAUAACUCAUUAAGUGGAAACGUGAACAAUUUAAAUGAUAAUUAUUACAUACAUGUGAUAAGAGAUCUGAUUUAUAUUUUAUAAUUUUAAAUUUAAUUUAUCAAACUGUUAUAAUUGUACAAAAUAUGUUCGUUAUAUCUAUACUAACGUAUAACAAUUAAAAUACUACAGCUGUUACCCAAGUUUCCUUUGGGAAAUAAACUGCAACAAACUCUAAAAUCGUACUGUACUAAUAAUUAUUGGUAGUCUAGUGUAGUGGCCUUCGACCUUUUUUGAAUCGCGACCCAAUUUUUAUUUUUUUUUUUGAACUGCGACUAAAAUGGUUUUUUAUUCAUCAACAUUUGAUUUAAUUACUGAAAAAAAUUUUUAUAUGGUAUACAAUUUUGAUUAAUUCACACUUAAAAAUUUAAUCUCUAUAUAUAAAUGAAAGUUACUUUAGCAAUAAUCAACGUGAAGCCGAAUCUAUUUGAGUAUGUAUAAUAUAUAUUGAAAUGUUGAGAAUGGAUUAAUAUUAUAAUUUCAAGUUCCACUAAGAAAGGAUUUUUCAAAAUUUCGUUUUUUAAGGGUUGAAAUGGGCAAAAAUAAAUUGUUUACGUAAAAAUUUUAAAUAAAUAUUUUACAACACAACAAUGUGUGUUGAUUUAGGAAGUUCAUUUUGACAAAGCAAAAACUACACACGAUCGAAGCCGGGUAAUUCGGCUAAUUACAAAAAAAAAAAUUUAUUAUUUAAUUGUUUUAAUACAGUUAUAGGUAGGUACUUAACGAAUUAUUUUUCAUAGGAACCAAUAAAAUCUAAGAUAUCUAUAUACAUACAGGAAACCGCUCCUAUGCACUUAUCAACGCCCAGACCAAACCACUGAGUCUUGAGAUUCGACAUUUUGUACAGAGGUUUCCGAAGCAAUGUAGGGGCGCACCAAGAAAAGGUUUUUCAAAAUUCGACCUCAAAGGGGGUAAAAAGGGUUUUUGUUAUGUAGCUAUAUUAUAAUAACGCCGUGACGGGACAGCUAGUUUAUUUAUAAUACAACAUAAUUUUAAAACAAUACAAGAAUAAUAAUUAUACAAUAAAUUUAUAUGUAAAAAAAUACAUAAAUAAAAUUUUAAAAAUGUACAAUUUAACUUGUUAUUCACGCGUUGAUGGGAUACUUGAGCUUGAACUUUUGAUAUUAUCGAUUCCGUAUUAGGUUUAUUAGAGACUGCAACUCUUAAGUCUGAUUCUGCAUUUAAUUUUGUCCGAUAUUUGUUUUUUAUUACUGUAAGAGUUGAAAACGCCGUUUCACACAAGAGUGAGUGGAUGCAUAACCUUUAUAUCGAGUGACAUACAUGUACUGCCCGAAUGACACUUAGGUAUGAACUGAUUAUUACAAAUAUAUGCGACUGAAAUUGUUCAAAUAUACCUACGUAUAUACUAUACUACUAUGGUAUAGUGACUAUACGAUACGGGUUACGAACAAUUUAAUAAUUUGUAUCCGCUAUCGAUAAGAGUAUAAGAUUACGCUCCUCGGCAUGUUAUUAUAUAUUAUACCUAUGUAUCGAACAAAAUAAAACAUU